AUGAUUUUAGGGGUUUUUAUCGUAAAUGUUAUUGUUGAUAAACGACCAUCUAGUGCUCAUGAAAUUUUGAAGUAUAGUUCAAUCAUAUCUGUAAUCAGUAAAACAAUUACAGUUCUUUUAUUGAACUUUCAUUCGUCAUUAGAAUACUAUUUAGUAUUUUGUGCGAUUGAAUCAUUUAUAGCUGGAACUAACCUUGUGUUAAUUUCACUAUUAUCGAAAAGGUGUAUCGAAAUAUAUGAUAUAGUUAAAACUAUAUCAAAGUUGUCUAUUCUACUAGGCAAAUUAGUAUUACAAGAUAUUAAAUUACCGUUCAAUUAUAUAAAAAAAUGUGAAUUUCUAUCAUUUAUAAUAGUAUUCACAAAUACGGUAAUACUUUUAAGAAUAGCAGAAGAACAAAAUACAACUGGAUCAGCCAGUAAUAGUGGUAAUUCGAGAAGUGAUGAACAGGAAAAAAAGGAUAAAAUAAACUUAUUCACAUGUGGUAUCGUGUUAUUAGUGGCAACAAUUCUUAAUACUAUGAUGUUGAACCCAUUAAAGAUCAACAUUAUAUUUAAAAAUAUCAGUGAUAAAGAACACGAUAUAGGAAGAAUUGUCACUAAUAUGAUAGGAUUGUCACAUUUGGUGAUUUUCCAUGUAAUAGAAAGAAGAGAAGACAUAGUGGUAGAUUGGAGGGGUAUUAUGAACAGUGUACUUUCAAUGGCAGUCGUGUCAUAUGGAGUAUUAAGUAUAGUUGCUAAAAUAGCCCCAGAAUAUAUUCGGUUGAAAGUCGUAAUGGCCAUCGUGAUAAUGGCUGCCACAAAAACCUGUAUUUUGGAGGUCGGUAGGUACAUCAAUGGCUACAUUGAAAAAAAUAAUGUACCUCGAAAGUAUAAAGUUUGGUAUUUACUGUUCGGUUUAUUCGGAACAUUAUCUACCAACAUAGGUUCAUUUGUUAAUGGAAAGUUUGUAUUCUUAAAUUACAAACACUAG